CCCAGAGGCGGAAGUGGGGCGGUGGUAGUGGGGUACCGGAAGCGGCGUUGCCAUGGAGUCCGCGGAGGACUGGCUGGUGGAAUCCUUGCGCUUGUACCAAGAUUUCCAUGCAUUCGACCUUUCAGGAGCCACUCGAGUCCUCGAAUGGAUUGGUGACAAAGGAGUCUUCGUUGCUGGCUAUGAAAGCCUGAAAAAAAAUGAGAUUCUUCAUCUCAUACUACCUCUCAGACUUUCUGUAAAAGAAAACCAGGGCUUAUGCCCAGAAAGAGAUUUCAAGGUGUGCCACGGAGGGUUUUCAGACGCGUCUGUCUUUGAGCUGAAGCACGUGCCAGACACCAGGUUGCUGGUCACCACUGGUCUACCUGGUUCUUACCUGCACGUGUGGCAGGUCGCAGAGGACAGUGAUGUCAUUCAAGCUGUCAGCACCAUUGCUGUGCCGGACAAGGAGGGCGGUCUCUGGCCCAGGGUGGCCAUCUUCUCUUCGAUGGCACCUGGAGUCCUCCACGGGGUGAGGCUCCGCAGUCUGAAGGUCGUGGACUUGGAAUCCCAGAAGACCACAUACACCUCAGGAGUCAGUGACAGUGAGGAGCUAAGCAGCCUCCAGGUCCUGGCUGCAGACACCUUUGCCUUCUGCUGCGCCUCAGGCCGCCUGGGGCUUGUUGACAUCCGCCAGAAGUGGGCGCCGUCAGAGACCAUCAGCCCCAGGGCUGGGGCUGCUGGAGGGAGGUGGUGUGCUGAAGUUGGGGGCCGGGGCCCUGGGCCGAGCAUUGCCAGCCUUGGCUCAAACGGGCAGCUCUGUCUCCUUGAUCCCCGGGAUCUCAGCCAUCCUGUGAGCUCCGUCCAGUGCUCGGUGUCUGCACCCAGCCCUGACCCAGAGCUGCUGCGAGUGACUUGGGCUCCAGGCCUGGACAACUGCUUGGCCAUUUCAGGUUUUGAUGGGACAGUCCAGGUCUAUGAUGCCACAUCUUGGGAUGGAGCAGGAAGCCAAGUAGAACCUCUCUUCACUCACAGAGGUCACAUCUUCCUGGAGGACAAUCAGACAGACACUGCUCCACUGGUCACUACCCACACGUGGCACCCCCACAAGCCACGGACUCUGUUAUCAGCAGCGAGCGACGCCUCCCUGCACGUGUGGGACUGGGUGGACCUCCGCGCGGCCCACUGACUCCAACGUCUUCCUACCCAGGCCUGGAAGAAGAGGAGCUGCUGUAGAGCCAAGAACUCAAAAUGUACAAGGGCCAAUAAAUAUGAAAAAAGAAGUCAACUCCAGUAGGAAAGAAGGAAAUAACAAUUAAAACAAGAUGACGUGCUUUUUUACCUACCAAGUUGCCAAAUGUGUCAAAUAGUGCUUUGGACAGCUGAUGGAGGGGCCCUGAUGACCCAGCUCAGGGGGAACGAAGCAGCAGCGUGGUUCCUGCUCCCAGCGGUACACAGCAGCCAUGUUCAGUCGAACCUGAAUUUGUAUGUCCAGUCUCCUGUUAAAUAGCAGUUAAAAUUUUCUCGUCUUUCGCUGUUAUAGUGUGAACAAUGUUUGUACCCAUGGACAAAAGCCUAUAGGAUAAAUUUCUAAAGUGAAAAUUGCUGAGGCAGAGGAUGUGUGCAUUUUUAGGUUCUGUAAAUCCUGCUUGCGUGCCCUCCCUGGGGACUGUGCGGUUUGUGAAGGCAGCAGUGAUGGGUGUCUUUCUCUGCCCUCCCCAGCCAAGUGGCCCUAGUGGCUGCCUUUGCCGGUCUGAUCAAUGAAAAAUCUUUACUUGUA